AUGGAGCAUCCCUCAGAGCUCUCUGAGAAAAUUACUGACGCCCCCGAGGGGGGCCCUUCAGCGCAAACGCCAAAGUCCAAGGGUAAGCAAAGCUCCCAGGGCAAGGAGUCCGUCGCCAGUGGCUUCAAGUACGGACCCGUGCCAGGUCAGUACUUCCGUUCACGACGCGUGAAGCCCGAGGAUGUCGGGAUGCCGUGGCUCGACAAGCCGCACCCGAGGCAGAAAUGGGGAACGAUUCUUCCCCUCGUCGGCUUUGGUCUUGGCCUGAUGGUGACUGCCAUCAUGAUCUGGGACGGCUUCCGAGUCAUCGGCAAGCACAAGUACUGCCAGAUCUUCCACGACGAUUUCAAGUCACUGAAUGAGACUGUCUGGACUAAGGAAGUCGAGCUGGGCGGCUACGGCAACGGCCAGUUUGAGAUGACUACUGGCACGGAUGAGAACGUCUUCGUCAAGAACGGUGAACUUAUCAUCAAGCCGACUCUCCAGGAGGAGCAAUUCCUUGGAAGCAACUACACCCUUGACCUACGUGGCCAUGGAUGCACUGGUUCCGGCUGGAGUGACUGUGUUGCCACCACCAACACGACCAACGGCACCAUCAUCAACCCCAUCAAGUCCGGUCGCAUCAACACCAGGCGCGGCGCCUCAAUCAAGUACGGCCGUAUCGAGGUCGUCGCCAAGCUGCCAUCUGGUGAUUGGCUGUGGCCCGCUAUCUGGAUGUUGCCCAAGGACAACGCAUAUGGCCCUUGGCCUCGAUCUGGUGAGAUCGAUAUCGCCGAAUCUCGCGGCAACGAUCCCAGUUACGCUCAGGGUGGCAGGAACGUUGUCUCGAGCACGUUGCACUUUGGUCCCGACUUCAACCAUAAUGGCUGGUGGCGCAACAACGUCAAGCGCGAAGCGCUACACACUACAUACGCCGCCGGUUACAACACUUUCGGUAUUGAGUGGAGCGAGAAGUACAUCUUCACCUACAUCAACACGCGCCUGCUCCAAGUCAUGUACACGCACUUCGACCAGCCCUUCUUCAAGUACGGAAACUUCCCCCAGGCCGAUGCCAACGGCACCCGUCUCGACAACCCCUGGAAGCACGCCAAGAGCAACGCCGCUCCCUUCGACCAGGAGUUCUACCUCGUCAUGAACCUGGCUGUCGGUUCCACCAACGGCUGGUUCGAGGAUGGCAAGAGCGGUAAGCCAUGGAUUGACAAGAGUCACCGCGCCAAGCUCGACUUCUGGGAGGCCAAGAACCAGUGGUUGCCUACGUGGAAGGACGGCGGACAGAUGAAGGUUAAGAGUGUUACCAUGUGGCAACAAGGCGGACACAACGGGUGCAAGGCGUAA